CUCCAGCCGAUGCCAGCACAUGGUGCUGCGGUCGCAGCCGGACGUGGCGAGCCAGAGUCGCGCCCGGAGGCAGACUCGUGGCGCCUGCGAGUCCGGCGCAUGUCGAUGAUGGCCGGCAAUGCCGACACCGAGCUUAUUCGGGCUGCCCGUGGCAAGGUUCCGCUGGGAAGCUCGGAUCCGGCGCUGCUAGUGGGCCGGGCGACGGCCCAGGCAAGCAGCUCGAGCUCGACGUCAUCCAUCGGGAGCUCGAGCUCUAUCUCGGGCAGCUCGAGCACUAAGAGCGACUCUGACACGGGCGCUGGAGCCGCUACUGCGCAGGAGCCACAUCUCGACGCUGAGUCGGAUGUGGAGCCUGGCCUGGUGGCAUCGAAGGGCAAGACCGGACGAGUUGUUUGGUUCUCGCGGGCGGGCACAUUCAACGCGCUCGCCAAGACGCCGUCGGUGGCGCGCUUUCUGGGCGAAAGUGCCGAGCGCGAUGCCGAGUCGCCGGCGGCCGCCGAGGAGUCGAUGGCGUCGUUGAUGGCCGGCCAGCGGCCGCCGUCAGUGCCGGUGCGCACAAGCUCGCGGAAUGCGCGGCUCCGCCGGGCGGUGUUCAACACGCUCGACGCCCCUGAGUCGUCGCGGUUGGCCUACGUCAUCAACGUCUUCCUGCUCUUGGUCAUUUUCGUGGCCACCGGCGCUUUCUGCGUCUCGACGCUGCCCGAGUACUUUCGUGACGAGCCACUGGCCCUCCGUCUCAUCGAAAUCUUCUCCAUCACCAUUUUCACACUCGAGUACGUACUCAAGGUCGCCACGGCGCCGUCGCUGUUCAACUACGUAGUUUCACCGGGUGCACUGAUUGAUCUGGCAUCGAUUGUUCCGUUCUUUGUUGAGCUUGUGCUCACCGGCUCAAACGUGGCGGGGCUAGCAGUCAUCCGAGUGGUGCGACUGGCGCGGGUCUUCCGGCUCUUCCGACUCUCCAAGUACAACCACCGCUUCCUCUCGAUCGUGCGGACGCUUGUCACUUCGGCCUCGGCGCUGGUCCUGCUUUUCUUCCUCUUCCUCCUUUGCGUCGUCGGCCUCUCGUCAGUCUUGUACUUUGGUGAGACGGCCACGCUAAGCUUUGAUCGGUCGGACCAGAGCUGGCGGACCAAGGCGGGCGGGCGGGCGCCGUUCCAGUCGAUCCCAGACGCGUUCUGGUUUGCUGUUGUCACGCUCACCACCGUUGGCUAUGGCGACGCCAUGCCGACGACCGAGUUUGGCCGUGUCGUGGCCAUGAUCAUGAUGCUGGUCGGCAUGCUUGUCAUUGCCUUUCCCACCACCAUCAUCACCUCCAACUUUGAGCUCAACCCGCAGCCCGAGUACCCGGCCGAGCUGCAUCCUUCAUCUCGUGCUGAGGACGCGCUUACCUUUCUUGCGACCGAGUCGCGCGACUCGCUUGCCGUACUUGGUGACCUCAACUCGGCGACUCAUGCCGCCACUCGCUCCGCCUACUCAAUCCACAUCCUUCUUGCCGCACUGCACAACGAGCUCGAGGCCAACGGCGAGCUGUCACUCUCCACGCCGGCGCCCAUCGACACCAUCGAUCCCAUACCUCCGCUGCCUAUUCCCUCGCCGCCGGCAUCACUCCUGCCCCACUCGGCGUCGGCACCGGCGCAGGCGUGCGCGCAGGCGCAGAAGCAGCUGGGCUUCAAGCGCGGACAGCGGCUGCAGGUCUCUACGAUGGACGGUGAGUGGUGGAUGGGCCACAUCGGGCCGAGGUGGGGCCUCAUCCCGUCCAACUAUGUCAAGGUUGUUGAGGACAGCGCCAAGGCCAGCGGCGCAAAGCCGGCAUGGCUUGCUGGCGAGAUGACGACGACGACCUCAUCUGACUAUGUCUAUGACGACGAAGAGGGCGAGGGUGAGAUGGAGGAGCUUCUGCUGCUGGAUGAUGCCGAGUUUGGCGAGGGCGAGCCGGAGAUCGUGUACGUCGACGAGCUCGGCGAGUUUGACGAGUUUGACGGUGUCAAUGCCAGUGAAGCCGAAGAUGUCAUUUACGAGUAUGACGAUGCCGAAGCGCUGGACGAUGCGCUUGUGGGCGAAGGCGAGGUGGAGUGGGCGUUUGAAGACGGCGAAGGCGAGCUCGGCGAGGAAGAGGUGGAGUGGGCGUUUGAAGACGGCGAAGGCGAGCUUGGCGAGGGCGAGUUCCUGGACAUGAUCGGUGAAGGCGAGCUGGGCCAGGGCGAGCUGUACGAUGAGGCCGAGUUUGACAUGUUUGGCGAGGACGAGGGCGAGUUGUUGGCUUACGAGUUGGGCGAGGGCGAGUUUGAGGAUGCAGCCGAGGAUGACUCGUUUGGAUCCGAGCUCGAGGCGCUGAUGGCCUCCACGUCCGAGACCGAGAACGCGGCCGCGCCGGACACUGCAACCGAUCCACCGGAAAGCGGAGACGACGGCGACGACUCGUCCGAGUUUGACUUUAACUUUGAGUCGACCGAGGAUGGUGAUGGCGGCAGCAGCGACCAGCAGCUACACAAGUCUUCAUCGUCGGACAUUGACUUUGGCGCCUUUGCCACCGACACCGCCACCGGCACUGCAUCAUCGGCCGAUUUCGCUGCUGCUGGUUUAGGAGGCGGCGGAUCUGGCUCAGAGUCCUCGAUCGACUUUGGUGCCUUUGACUCGACCAGCGCAUCGGCGCUGAGCGCCAAGCAAGUGAGUGUGGACCUUGAGUCGUCACCCCAGCCGUCGCCCGAGCCAUCACCCGAGCCAUCACCCGAGCCAUCACCCGAGCCGUCGCCCGAGCCGUCGCCCGAGCCGUCACCCGUGGUACAGCAAGUAGUGGUGAUGACAGAGCCCGAGACCGCGGCUCCGCCUCAGCUUGUUGCGGCCUCGGGCGAAGAGAUUGAGGCGGCCUACAAACGCGGCUACGAGCAAGGCUUUGAUGACGCCCUUGCCAAGCUGGCUGAGCAGGAGGAGGCAGCGGCGCGUGAUCGCACCGUUCCUGGAGAUGACUUUGACUACGAGUACUACUACGAGCCGUCUGUCGCGGCCGAGUCACGAUCGCCGGCCUUUGGGUUUGACGGAGGCGACCGGCCGCGCUCUUCGCUGUUGCGGUCAGCGGCGGACCAGCCUCUGCGGCACUCGCGCGCUGCAGCAUCGGCAUCGCGUGAUGGCGCCUUUUCCCAGCGGCGAGCGCCCGACCGUGCCUGGCCUGCUGAGCCACGCCGAUCUCAGCAACCACGCCGUGAGUUUGAACGGCCCGAAGUGGAGCCGCGUAGCGUAGACCGACGCCAUACCAGCAGCUCACCGUUUGCAGCGCGAACAAGCAUCUUUGACACAACGCCCGAGCCCGAGCCGGUCUAUCAGUCUCCGGUGAUGGCCUUGCCGCCGCGAGAGUCGCCUGCUGCACUUGAGCCCGCGCCUGUCUACCGGUCUCCAGCGGCUGUCCUGCCGCAACGAGAGUCGUCGACUUUGCGCAAUCCGCUCACGUUUGCGCCUCCGCCUGCGAGCCCGUCGUUCGAGCCCCGGCCGCGAGGCGUUGAUAUUGGCUUUCCCACCCGCUCGCCGUCCCGCGAUGCCACCCCUCCGCCGGCAUGGCGCGGCUCGUCAUUGCACCGAGGAAACCGGUCGCAGUUUGACAGUGCCGACGGCCACCCUGGCGCCGCAAACCUCGGUCGCGAGCCUGCCCGUGGCCGUACCCCGGCGUCAUCACUUCGUCUCAGCCCAACCGGCCCGGGACCUGCACUUGCCGAUGUUGGUUACUCGAUCGAGGCGCUCUUCUAUGCCCGACAGCAGAGUGGUGCCAGAUCGGGACCGCCUUCCCAGUUCUAG